AUGAGCAGGGCCCUAUUCCGAGGGGCUGCGUGCCAAUCCUGUCGCCAUGAAAUACUUCGGUCAUUCCUCAUCGUCUCCGGUGUUCCCCUUCCCCGAUUCACCGCCCCUCUCCCUCGUCCCAUCCACCCCAGAGCAUUCUCCGCUGUAGGUCCUCUGCGUUCCGAUGGUCCCCCGACUCCGAACCAGCCGGGGAUAGAUUUGCCUCCAGUGGAAGAAAACUCUCAACCUCCGGAACCAAAUGCAGCUGUCGCAUCACGACAUGUUCCCUGGUAUCUCCAGGAGAAGCCCCCUAUCGCCGAGGACCGUCCGGUGGCUGGCGAUCAUAUUCCACCCGUUCCCGAGAACUCGCCGGAGAUACUUCCGACCAUCCUCGAGUAUAGCUACAAAGACCUUGGUCUAGAUGGUUUGAAAAUCUUUGACUUGCGUGGCCUUGAAACGCCCGCGGCUCUUGGAAGCAGUGUCAUCAUGGUUGUCGGGACCGCGCGCAGUGUGAAGCAUUUGAACGUUUCUGCUGAUCGCCUUUGCCGGUGGCUUCGGAGCCAAUACAAGCUAUCUCCGCACGCUGAUGGGUUGCUGGGUCGCAACGAACUAAAGAUCAAACUACGUCGCAAGGCCAAGCGCGCCCGCGCUGCUAGCCAGGCGGGUGGUAUGGUGGACGAAAAGGAUGAUGGGAUCACUACAGGCUGGAUCUGUGUGAACGCGGGUGUGGUAGAUCAAGACUCUCCUAAGGCUCAGCUGAGCGAUGCUGGAUUCGAAGGGUUUGGUGAUCUUGAACUAGGCACCAGUGUGGUGGUCCAAAUGUUCACGGAGGAAAAGAGGGCGGAUGUCGACCUGGAGGGUCUCUGGCAGGCUUCGCUGGACCGAGCUGAGAAAAGAAGGCUUGAAGAAAGUACCGACGCUGCUCCGGCGGCAGAUCCUCGGGCCGCCAGUCCGUCUUCCUAUAGCGGGAUCGGCACACUCAAUGGACAGAAGAGAAGCUUCCAUACUACCCGCCGGCUCGCAACGCCCGAUGUUGCCCAACCGAAUCUAUCAUCCGCUUUUCCUGACAUGGCGAACCCGUUGCCGACGAGUCUGCACAAUGCAGACGCUCCUGGGUCUGGACUGACUCCGGCUUCUCUGCUUCGGAUUCUGGCUGAACUCCCCAAUGCAAGUGCUCGGAGCGAACUUGGAAGCGGCCCAGAUGAUCGCAAAUCAACCCUUUUUCUGCGGCUCUUUUAUGCCAAUAGAGCAUCUUCCUUUUCUCCACAGGAGAGAGCCGUUUUUCGAUUGAGGCUGCUCUCAAUUGCCGUGUCUCGGCAGCACCCAGCGUACAGCAAGGACAAUUUGUUCAGCACUUUCUCGGACUUUCUUCGCGAUAGCCAUGAGCUCCCGGACGAGCUCGGAUUUGAGGUAGUCUCUGCUCUGCUAGCCCCGCGGGCAGUAGACCUUCUUGCUCAUGAGCCUACAUUGUAUCUCCCUGAAGCUGACCGAGAGCUGGCUUUGCUCGUUUUGGAUCGACUGAGUCUUCGCGGGGUUCCGGUUCUCAACAUGAAGGUGUUCCAGACGCUCUUCCGAGUCGUCGAUCUUCCCAGUACAGCACCUACACCAUCCUCAAACUCGGAAUCGUCCGGUUCUGAACCUAAUACACAAAUGAUGCCUACCUCUCGCCGCACUGAGUCUCAACAGCAAAUCUUGUCACGACUAUCCAAGAUCGUCGCUGCUGCUGAAAUGCCUUUUGAUGCCGACGAGGCACGAAAGCUCAUGGGCACGCUGUUCCAAUAUGAAGACUACGAUGGGUUCUGGCGACUGUGGCGCCAGAUGCCUCUGAAGGGUGUCAAUCGCAUGCAGGCUGAUUACCUGCAGCUGUUCCAGCUACAUGCGGAGCUGGGUGAUGAGCGAAAGGUCCGAGAGUGUCUUUCGAUGUGGGUGCCUAUGAUGGCUCGGGAGUCUCCUCCAGUUGUGCUGCAGGGUCCACUCGUAACGGCGAUUAUGCACUGUCUUCUAGUGGCUGAUCCGGCCAUCACUGAGCACGCAGCUGAGGGCGCCACGCCGUAUUUUGCGCAGCUGUGGACCGACUGCCAGCAGGCGCUUGCCCGGGGGAGCUGA